GAUCGAUGAUCAAGGAGGCAGCGGGGUGCAUCAGACUAGAGUGUCUUGUUUAUCCAGAUUGCAAGACAUGGGACAAGCCCAACCCACAGGAAGUUUCUGACAAGUUGGCAGGGUAACGCCCAAACGUGGAGAGAUGAGAGGUUCUCCUCACCCUCCUGCAUUUCCGCUGGUUCGUCCAUGCACGCCCUCCAGAUCCCAUUCAUCGUCCUCGUCCUGUCCGCAUUCCCCCUCCUACCGAUCCUUCGCGACCAGGUGGGCAUGACGAUGUGCGAGCUGAUCACCCUGGAUGCGAUCCUGAAGCCCCAGUACGCGAACUUCCUGCGCAACGCCACGUCGCACCGCGAGGCCGGCUUCCUCUUCAUGGAGUGGUUGGGCUCCCUGCGCAAGUCGCCGGUGCCCAAGGCGAUCGAUAAGUUCGACAAGCAGUUCAUGGAGUUGAUGACCCAGUGGCUCCUGGUUGCCAGCCAGUCCAACCGGAAGAGCUGCGCACAGGCGCUCGGCAGCAAGUUCAUCAAGUCGUGCCCAGACCAGGACGUCGAGAAACAGAAGGCCUCGGACGACGCCCCCGUCCGGCGGCUGCGCGACAGGCCGGAGGACGAGUCGGUGCAGAGGCCGCUGCACAAGGGCACGCUGUGGAAGCUGAACACUGGCGGCAGCCUCGAGAAGGAGGAUCAGUGGAUCCAGCGCGACAUGUGGAUCGCGCACAACCACAGCCUCUGCUACUUCAGCGUGAAGGAGGAGAAGCGCCUGGUGCUCAUCGACGCCGUCAAGCUGAGCACCGCCGACAUCGUCGAGGUCAAGGGCAAAGCCGCCAAGGCCAACGCUUUCGAGAUCCAGAUCAAGCGGGACGAGGACGACCAGGAAAGGGACGUCAUCCGCCUCGCCGCCGAGAGCGAUGCGGCGAUGAAGGAGUGGAUCCGGAAGCUGAGGGACACGGGCAAGAUGGACGUGAUCGUCACGAUGAAGCUCGGGGCGGCCAUGGCCGCGGAAAUCGACGCGUUCAAGCUGGCGGUGAAGAACCGCAGGCUGAAGGUCGACGAGGGGGCCGGCCACGAGCAGUACGAACCGCUCUACAAGAACAACCUGUGGAAGCUGAAGGCGGAGGGGGACAACCAGAAGUCCGAGGACUGGUUCAACCGCGAGAUGUGGAUCGCGAAGAACGGGAGCCUCGUCUACUACAGCAAGAAGGACGAGAGGGAGCUGAUCUACUACACCACCGCAGACGUCCACCGCGCGAAGAUCGACAUCCUGAACUCCGGGGAGACAUGCAAGCCCUUCGCGUUCCGCGUCACGCUCCCUCCCUGCAACAGCGUGGAGUAUCAGCCUGGAGAGUUCGCUGCCGAGUCUGAAGCUCUUCGGGAUGAGUGGAUCGCGCAGUUCAAGAAGUUCCAGAGCAGCUGAUCUAGCUCCACGUCACGCCCAGCGUUACCUUCAGAGGCGAUAUGUGGCGCCGCGGCAGCGGCCCCACUGCCCCCAGCCAAUGAUGCUGCGGCCGGCAGAAGCAAAGGACGGCAUUGCUGCGUUUGUAGUGACCCAGGCACGUUCGCCACCCCCCCCCCAUCUUUUAAUUUUGUUGGGUAUGGUGGGACAGGUGCCGCUUGUGCGGGUGAUCUCCGCUGAUGGGCACCACAAAGUGUGGCCCAUGGGCGCGGCGUUGCCACUUCUGCUCGGGGUGGACAGCCCUUCGUUUACUUUAUGUUGGGAGGUGCACGGGGC